CGCACGAUCGAUAAUUCGCACGAAUUUGUAACUCGUGCAAUAGCAUGCGACAGCGAGCGAGUGAAUGGGUGAACGGCGAUAGUUCGACGAAUUCGAUGUCGAUCUCGCGGUAACAGCCGAUCCGUGAUCCGUGUAUCAGUAGAGUCAGUACUGUCAAUCGCAAGCGAGAGGUGAUUAAUAUACACGCGCACACACGGGAAGGCCGGUCGGAGCAAAAAACCAUUGACAGAAAAAGGCAAGUGGUAGGGAAAUGAGAUGUCCAAACGCGAACGAAAGUAAGUAGGCGGUUCUUCGGCAUUCUGGUUUUCACCUGGGCGUUGUCGCCGUCGAGACCGUUGCAUUUCACUCUUGCUUUUCACGAUGGAGGAUAACGUCGAUAACAGCGCGACUAGGUUAGCUGCGGAUAGCUACGAAAUGGUUAAGGCCUUGUACGACUUCAAGGCCACAUUUGCCAAGACUCUCAGCUUCCGGGAAGGUGAGUAUUUCAUUCUGCUGCAGCGUAAUGUUAAGCAGAAAAACUGGUGGCAAGUUGUAAACAGAGGAGGACGUCUGGGCUACAUACCCUCCAAUUAUGUUGCCUCUGUGAAGGCACAGCCCCAGUUCCUGAUUGAUUUUUUGGAAGAUUGUAUACUGACUUUAGAAACGGAAAUUAAGAAGGAUAGCGAGUCAGUGCAGCCUGACAAGCAAGAUCUCUUAGCAAAGCUAAUAGAAAGGAAGAAACAAAUCGAACUGAGCAAAAAAUCCAACAAAAGACAAGCGCCUAAACCACCAGAUUUAGAUUGCAGCAUUAUAUCUAAAGAAACACAUUCUUUGAUUGCUUGUGACAAUACAGAAGCAGAUAUUAGAUCAGCGCCAAGCAAUACCUCUUACGCAACUGCACAAACAACUCUUCGCAGUAAUAACACAGAUCAUAUUCCAGCAAUUGCACAAUGUCAACGGCCGAAUGGAGACGAGCAACAUGUUCAAUCACUUCCUCGUCAGACGUCUUCGGACACUGUUCAAAAAGUCCAGACAUCGGUUACUGAAGUUCGCAAAACCUCCUCGCAAGGUAGCAUACAAAACAUAUGCAGCAACUCGCCAAAUAAAAGCAAUUCGCCUGCUAAGAACAGCUCGCCAAUAAAGAGCAAUUCUUUACAAGCUAUUAACUCGCGAAGUGCUUACCAAUUGCUCGAUCAAGUACGCAAAAAUACUCAACUUAGUCAUGAAAUGUCGAAAGUAGCAGUCACAGUUGUAGUGUCUAGCCUGCAGCAGUUGCUGCCAGAAACUGUAAGUCAUUAUCUCGAUGCUUUGCUGCAUCAGCUACAAACACCGUUGACUGUGUCAAAAAUGAGUAUAGAAGAAACUUACGACGCUAACAGAUUGAAAAUUAUUUUUACCGAAUUGACUUCGUGCAAGGAAGAUUCGCAGCAAAGAAGUUGGAUGCUUUAUGAAGAUGAAUCUAUUAUCGUGGAAUAUAUCAAAGAAUUGACCGAAAUAUUGACUAAUGCUGAUGCAAAUGUAUCGAGAUAUGUUUUAAGGCAAGAUCGAUACAAUGGCGUAACUAUAUUAAUACAAUAUUAUCAAAUGGAGACGAGAUGGACUAUUAGGCAACUGUUGUUGCAAUCAUUUGGCGUUAUGUGCAGUUUAGAUCCAGUGGUACUAACUAUAAUGUUAAAUAGUAUUCUACCAAUGGAAUUAGCAAGAGAUAUGAAAAGUAAUCCCAGGAAUGUAUUAAGAUUAAAUUAUUCUUCGUUAUUGCUUACAAUGAUUUUUUCAAUGGGUGAACCCAUGCCAGUCACGCAUUUAGAACAACUUGGCUCAGAUUUUAUAUCGUUCCUGCUGGACCUAAUAGAAACACCACCUGAUACAGAUCUGGAAGAUCAAAUCCCAGAUUUGUUCAUAAAUUUGAUAUUAUCCUACAAUUUACAAUUUACAACUUCUGAGAAUAUCGUUCUAAACGCCCUACGUGAGCGAACUGUAGCCAAGACUUUUACUGAAAAAAUUUUAUUUCUUUUUAAUAGAGAAGAGGAUCCGGUACGAAUAUUUGAUCAUGAGCCACAACCGCCGCACUCUGUACUAAAACUUUUUGUCGACUUGUUUAGUAACGAUGCCAUAGCAAGUCUCUUUUACACCAACGACGUAAAAGUUCUUAUUGACAUCAUACUACGACAACUUUUUGAUAUGUUUCCCGGAGAUAAGCGUAGACAAUAUCUGGAACUUUGCCGCCGAGUUCUACGCACAUCCAAUUAUAAUGAGCAUCGUCAUCGAUCUGGAGAUUUAUUAAAAUGUUUUACAAGGAUAUUUUGCGAAGAAACGGCAGACAGUCAUGAAGACCAGCAAGUAGUACGCGAAAUUAGCAACGAAUUUCCACAUUUGUUCAGAAUGUGACAUUUAAUUCCCUCGUCUGAUCAAGAUUUGGACGAAGAUGACUUGCAAACUCUUGUUUAAGUAACUUUGAGAAUUUAUUAACGGUAAGAAGAGAAACAAAUUUUGUUAAUAGCCUUUACGGCUCUUCUAUAUUUUAUCUAGUAAAAAGAAACGCACACGUAGCUUAUGAAGUGAUAAUGAUAUGUUUUAUGACUGCCAUAAAAGUCUUCAUUCUGUUGGUGCUACAAGACGUUACUCUUUGUGUAAAUGAACUAUUUAGUAGGAAAGAUAUAUGAAAUUAUUAUAUAUGCGUAACGUAUGAAACAUAACAAAGAAAUCCUUUUCAUUCUUAUUGUGAGGACCAUUGAUAUCUAAGCAU